AUGUAAUCGAUCCGUGCAUAGCGAAUGAAAAAAAUAAUGUAAGUCCAAGGAGAAGUUGGACAACAUAAAGGAUAUACAGCUAUAAAAAUAGCUGGAAACGCUCAUGAAUUAAUAAGGAAAAGUAAAUCAGCUGCUAAUAAUAUUGGUGAAUUAGCAAAACAAGAUGUUACUAAGAAACUGUUGCAAGAUUAAUUCAAUUCAAUAAAAAGUUAUGACAUAGCAAAAGGUGAAGAAAAACCUGGUUAAUAAUUUAAGUCAAUGCAUAGUAUGUACGACUUAUAAACUUUAAAGAUUACAAAAUUGUAUAAAAAAAAGGAAAGGAAUGAACUUGAGAAAUAAAUUAGAAGUCAAUUAGCAAAAGAUCCAGAUAAACAACUUUUAUUAUCAGAGAUAUAUGAAUAAUUAGAAGAUAAUUCAGAUGGAGAAGUUCUAAAAAAGAAAGAAAAAAUUAAGGAAGAAUCUCUAGCUACUUAAUAAUAAGAGUAUGAUGAAUCAUAAGAUUAAACUGCAGAUCUUAAAUUAUGGACAAAAAGAUUGAAAGAAUAAAAGAAAAAAGAAGAGAGUAAAUAAGAUGACAGUAGUACUCUGAAUUUAAUUCCAUAAAGAAAUAAAUAAAGAGCAUCAACUGAAAUAAAGAAACAAAUAUAGCAUUAAUAAUCAAUAAAGUAAUUACCUCUUGAAAGACAAAAUUCAUCAUAAAAUUCAGUUCCUUCAUAAAAUACGCCUAGAUCUUAUAAAGAUAUUAUGAAGAAUGCAGUUUAGAAAGUUAAAUAAUUAAAGAGUUUAAAUGAAGAUAUAAGUGUAGAACGUUCAGUAGAAUAAUAUAUUUAAAAAGCAUCAGCAGUAGCUUUAAGUGAAUUAAAGGAAAUUGGAGAGCUUAAUGUUGAUGAAGAAAAAGGAUUGACAACUAAUUUUGAUUUUACAAAUGAAGGAGUACAAAGAAUGUAUAAUACUUUGGUAAAAGUUUAGAUGUCUCAGUUUAAAUCAGAAGCUGAAAAAGCUAAAUUUUAUAAAAAAUAAACAUAACUCAUAGCUAAUAAAUUGAUCUUUAAAAUUAAAUAAAAUGAUAUUAUAAUUGAUGCAAGAGUUACAACUCAAGAAAAAUUAAGAUUAGAAACACAUGAAUUUCAUGAAAAAAUUGUAUAAAUUAAAUAAUUAACAGAAUAAUUACUUAAAGAAAUUAAUGAUUUAAAAGAUCCUAAAAUUUAAGGUAAUCUCUAAUUGAGUAAAUCAAGAAUGUCAUUAGUAAAUUAAUUUAUGAGUUAAUAAAAUAAAUAAAAAGAAAUUGAUUAAGACAUUUUAAUUCUCAAAGAAAGUAAAAAGGCAUAUAAACAAAAAAUUAUAUUUAACAAAAAGACUUUAGAUUAGAUUGAUUAAGAUAUUCAUACUAAAAAGAAAGAAAAUAAAUCAUUAUAAAAGUGUUUAGUAAGUUUUUAUUUUUAAGUUUUAAAAAAUGGAUAGGAUGUUAGAACAACUGGAAUUGCAUGGGUAAUUUCAAAGUUAAAUUCCUUAGGUGAAAAAUGCCAUUAUUCAUUUAUGCCUGACUAUUUGGAUUAAAAAGCUAAGGAAUAUUUACUAUAAGUAUUUAUUAUAUUUGUUAUAUAAGAAAGCAAUUAUGUUAUCAGAUAUAGAUCAAUUAGAAAAAGAGCUUAGUGAAUCUUUUAAGCAAUACAAAUAAGAACAAUCUCUAGACAAUAGUUUGGCUAUUAUACAAUAGAGUUUAUCUUAAAAUGAUUCCUUAGAAGUUUCAUCUUUACCUUCAAUCUUUCCUUAUGAUAGUCAUAAAUUAUCUUCAAUUGAUUUAUAGCAAGCACGAUAAGAGGCUGCUAAGACUUGUAGAAAUAAUUAUUAAUUGGAAAAAUUGGGACCAAUUACCUAAGGAUUGACUAAUGAAGAUAUCGAAAAUUUGGAAAAUAUGUUAACAAAGCUUAAUUAAAAAAAUUAACCAGUUACAAAUGGCACAUUAAUUUAUAAAGAAAUUUAGAAAAGAAUUAAAUAGUAAAUCAAAUAGAAAGGUUAAAUGGAAGUCUCUCAAAUUAAUGAUUAGUCUGCAGUUUUAAAAGAGUAAGCAAUUCAUUCUUAUGACAAAAACAAUACAUAAUUAAAUAAAAUUAAAUUAAAAGUAUCAUUUUAAAUGAUUAUAAGCUCCAACAUCUUGAAGACGAAUAAGUAAUAAGAGUAGUAAAAGAAUUUGAUUAUAAGAAUUAUGGUAAAAGAUUCAGUAUAGAUCCAAUUACAGUGAUUUCAUGCCUUGUUGGAGGAGCUCGAUGUGAUAGAGAAAUUGUUAAAUAUGGAAUGAAAAAAAUCCAUUAUGAAUGA